CUCUCUUCCAGUAUAGUAAAACAAGAAAGCAUACAUUCUGGCUCCAUAAUUUCGGUCUGUUCAUUAGCAGCAGUCAAAUCGAUGUAAACACGUCAAAGUGUGGAAAGCUGGUCGAACUUGAACAAUCUGUGUUAUGUUUUUCGGUUUACUUAAUUUUACAGCGAAAUAAGUGCAGUUAUUUUGUAAAUUAUGACUCAGAGAAGCCUAACGGACGUUUUCCUCUUGAUGAGGAACAAUGCCAUUCGUAGCAGGCAGAUUUACCCGGACCAAGAUUCGUCAGAGCGAAUGCAUUUGGUGUCUCUAACCGACAUGGAUGACGGCUACUCGGAUAAAAACGAGAAAAUUCCCCCAGGCUGGAUUGACUAUCUUGAAAAGGCUCAAUUAAUAUUGCCCAGGCUAAAAUCCAAAAUUGCCGACUUAAAGUCGUUACAUUCCAGGCAUUUGCAUCGUUCCACCUUUGAUGAUACCCCAGAAGAUGAAAUAGCGAUAGGAAACUGCACACAAGACAUCACGAGAAUGUUCAACGAAAUCCACAGGCUCCUGCAGAUCAUCAAGAGCCAUUCAACUGAGAAUGGAGUCAAAGAACAGAGACUGACCAUAAAUGUUUACAGAUCUUUAGCCACUGCCUUGCAGGAGUUGUCGCAUACUUUCAGAUCGACACAGAAUAGCUAUUUAAGGCAAAUCCAGGGUAGAGAGGAUCGAUCAAAGAUGUACUUUGAUCAGACUGCUGAUAUCGACUUGUUGAAUAACGAUGGCGAGGAUAUUGACAAUUAUUUUAUUAAUUCCCAGAGAAUGUCCCAACAACAACUGCUGCUGCUGGAAGAGGAGAAUACUAGGUUCGCACAGGAAAGGGAGAAAGAAGUGAACGCAAUAGUGAAAUCGAUUGUAGAUUUAAACGAGAUUUUCAAAGAUCUCUCACAAAUGGUAGCCGAUCAGGGCACGGUUUUAGAUCGGAUAGAUUACAAUAUCGAAAACACACAAGUGCAGGUGUUUGAGGGUUUUAAGCAACUGCAAAAGGCCGACGCCUACCAAAGAAAAAACCGAAAAAUGUGCGCUAUCGUCACUCUUGCCGCUGUUAGUAUGUUGCUGUGCUUGAUUCUGAUUAUUGUUAAGUCUUAGUUGUCAACCCUUAAAUAAGGUGAUAAAAAUGUUAAAAUUGAUCUAUUCAUCAUAAUGUAUCUCUUCUAGUCAAGUGCUAAAUUGUUUUUAAACCCGUAUUAAUUACCCCUCAAAACCGAUGUACAUAGUGAAAUAUAAGGAGUCUAUUUUAGGCUGGCUGAGUAUUUUUGUGGAAUAAAAACCAUUCCCUUAA